AUGUCGUACAAGCAGGAGAAGGGUGCCCCCGGCGCUGAGGUCAAGACCCACAAGAUCAGAAUCACUCUGUCUUCCCGCAAGGUCCAGGCUCUCGAGAAGACCUGCACUGAGCUCCUCGAGCGUGCCAAGUCCAAGGACCUGAAGACCAAGGGCCCCGUCCGCCUCCCCACCAAGACCCUCAAGGUCACUACCCGCAAGACCCCUUGCGGUGAGGGUUCCAAGACCUGGGACUGCUUCGAAAUGCGCAUCCACAAGCGCCUCAUCGACCUCAACGCCCCCACCGAGAUUGUCAAGCAGAUCAUUGUCAACAUCGAGGCCGGUGUCGAAGUUGAGGUCACCAUUGCUGCUUAA